AUGGUUUUCGAUGCAGAGAAUUUCGGGGGCCAUAUCCAGGGUAGACUAGAAGGGUGUGUGAGUUCCGAGAUGCAGAACCCUCAGACGCACCAUGAUGUCUACCAUAACCAAGUAUAUGAUCACGACACCUUCUCAGCUGAUGAUAUAAUGAGAGAAGCAGAGAUUGAUAUCCAGCCCUCGAUAACAUAUGCAAUGUCGUACGGGGACCCCCAAAUGUUCGAAAAUAUGCAGAUCGGAAAAUGGCUGAAGUCCAAUGAUAAUGCCGUUAUGGAGGAUAGCAUCGUCAACAUCAUUGAUGGGAGGGUGAGACAAGAAGUGUCACUCCAGCUCCAAAAUGUUGAAUCUGGAGAAAUCUAUUUAGAAGUGGAGUGGCUGCCUCUCGAUCAGUAA